CGAUGGAGCAAAAAUCGCUUUGUCACUGAUGUGAACUGGUCGAGUAGGAAUCCCGAAUUAAGCGUUGCAUCAUAUAACAAAAAUCCCUUUAACAUGAAUGAUCCAGAUGGUAUCGUUUUAGUAUGGAAUUUAAGGCUUGUUGAACGUCCCGAAUUCAUUUUCCACUCUCAGGCAAGCUCUUACGUUCUUACAACUAUGUUUUCUGAUUUCCACCCGAAUUAUGUUAUUGGUGGAACCUAUUCUGGUCAAAUUCUACUUUGGGAUACGAGAGCGAAAUGUCUACCUGUUCUCAAAACUCCAUUAUCUUCUAACGGUCACACUCACCCUGUGUACUCGAUGCAAAUGGUUGGAACCCAAAAUGCCCACAAUCUUAUUACUGCAAGUACUGACGGAUUGGUGUGUUCCUGGCAGUUGGAUAUGUUAUUGCAGCCAACGGAAACUUUGGAAUUGGUACAUUCCGAGCACAAUAAAACAGAAGAGGUUUCCGUUACAUCAUUUUGCUUCCCUGAAAAUGAAUCUUCCGCUUUCUGGGUGGGAACAGAAGAAGGGAAUGUAUAUCAAGCCAAUAGAUUCGGCCACGCCGGAGGUAAAGCAGGAAUUAAUCCGUACGACUUUUACAAAGGACACUGGGGUCCCGUCACAGGACUCCACUUUCAUCCUCUUGCAGGACCUAUUGAUUUCUCCGACCUAUUCCUAACCUCUUCUGUGGACUGGACCGUUAAACUAUGGAAAGCCAAAUCAAUUUCGAAACCAUCUGCGGGA